UUUAGGCUAAUUUAGAGGGUUAAGGCAACACCAUUUGAACUUUUUGGAGCGUCUCCGCAGCAAAUCGUCUGCUUUCAAUUUCAUUUCGACUUGAUUUGCCUGCUUUUUGGCUGCCGCUCGAGUCAUUUGGAUAUUCGCAUUUUAUUGCACACUCCGUUAAUUAGCCCCAGUUCGCGUUGGGCUUAGUAUGGAUUGCAUGUGGAUAUAUUGAACGGCCAUUGCGCAAUCCGAGUUAGUCGCAUGCGCGGAUUGGCACAGGACGGGUUACAGGUGACAGAUGGCCAGACUAACACUGCUGCUGGGCCUAAUCCUGGCCAGCUUCUGUGCGUGCCCCUCAAAUGCCGCCGAAACGGCACAGAUACUGCGAUACGAGAACGAUGUCAACCUGGAGAGCGAUGGCUAUGCCUUCUCAUUCGAGACCAGCGAUGGCAUCUCACGCGAGGAGAGGGCCACCCUGAAAAAUCCCGGCACCCCCGAGGAGGCGAUCGCCGUCCAGGGCAGCGUCAAUUGGGUGGGUCCCGAUGGCGUCCACUACAAACUCAACUAUCUGGCCGAUGAGAAUGGCUUCCAGCCCCAGGGCGCACAUCUUCCGCAGGUGGAGCACUGAUCACGUGAUAGCUUUGGACUUUGUUUAAAAUAAGGCAAAACCACCGGAUAGCUGGAGGAGGCGGGCAAACAAUAGAAAUUAUAUAUAUAAAAAAAUAUAUAGACAUAUAUGUGUAUAUAUCGAUAUGGCGGGGCAUAAAUUUUCACCCCUCGAAAUUGAAUUGUAUUCUAGGCAGGGAAUUAGCAUAUACAUUUGUAUCUUCCAAACCCGUUUACUCUUCGCGCCUGAGUUGUGGACUGUAUGCGGUAACCGAUCCCCCGAUCUGCGAUCUGCGAUCUGCGUUCCCCGAUCUGCGUGAGCUGACCAAACCGGUUCAAUAAACGACAAAGGUUGCCAAAAAAGCAAACAACAAUUAAAGAAGACACAAAGCUGCCAACGAAAGUGAGAACUUCGUGGAAAAAAGGGCAUUUUAAGGCAAUUAAGCGAGGCUCCUCUCAUUUAUCAACCGUAAAUUACAAAAUAAUCAGUCCUUUCAAAGCUUAGACAGGUCAGCCUGCACUGAGGAAAAUGUUUAUAUUUUGGCAAACCAAUAAAUGUAAUAAUUUGGAAUAAAUGGAAAAAUAUGCAAA